CUCUCAGUCGGCGUCUGGAGGUUGCUUGCUUGGAGCUGAUGCCUCCUCAGUCAGUCCCUGCGUGUCCCGGCGUUUUACCCCCAACCCCCUAAAAACACAAGAAAAAAAAAACAACAACAAAAAAAACAGGAAAACAAAAAGAACGGGAGGGACGACAACAGAGCACGCACAUGGGAGAGCGCUGCGUUUUUUCCACUCCCGCACGUUGCGUGAUGGCUUAUAUAUGAGGAGCACGCUUUGGAAUGCGGAGAUAAAAAAGAGCGUCUCCAGAAGGGAGAGAGAGAAAAAAACACAACGCGGCCACAGAGACGGACUCCUCCCCGCCUCGGCCGUGACACCUCCGGCGGAUCACUGCGAAGAGGAUGACAGUGUUUUAUUUUUUGUUUGUUUUGGGUUUGUUUAACACGGUGAUCUAACGCUGCCAUUCAUCUUUUCCCCCCGCACGCACUGACUGACUGCAUGGCUUCAGAAAGUUACCGGGAUAAUAACGUGGACAUCUGACGUGCGCUCUCACAGCGUCAUUGGACCACAUUAAGACCCUUUCUGUCUGCGCUUUUUGCGGUUGGAGUGAAGAGUUGAGCAGUUGUCACUGUGGCCCUGACACAGGCUACACCCAGAAAGCGCCCCGGGGGGGGGUUGACACUGUACAGCGACACAGGAGACAACGAGUGUUCUGCUGCGCAUUUGUGGCUUUCUGCGCUGUUCUCAGUUGUUUUUGCAUCAGAAGGGGGGCACAUAUUCUGUCUGGAUUCAUCCGUGCGGACAAUUCAGCAGGAAAUAAAGCGCAUGUUAUCAUCUGGACUAUUGACGCCUUUAAUUUUGUAACUUCAUGUUUCGGUUUACCUGAACAAGUGUCACCUCAUCUGUCCUCCCCAUUGAAUGAUUACACCUGCCUCUUUCCCUUCGCAUGUUUCUUUCUUUGUUGUUGUAACGUUGCCAGAUCUGCAACAGAAACACUGGUCCACAUGUGACUUAGACCAGGUCACCUGUCCCGGUUCAGGCGCCCCGUAUCCUACCUCCACCCCCCACACACACUCUUAUCUGAUCCUACCGAGCGAUCAAUUGAGGCGGAUUAGACUACGAAGUUUUGCUGUAGUGAUGCUGCAAGUGGAAAUGGUCCUCUUGGUCUUCCUGGUGCUGCUGAUGUGUGUUCUAAGCCAGGAGCCCGGAUCCAAAGUGGUCGCCGACCGCUACGCCGUUUUCUGGAACCGGACCAACACCAAGUUCCAUCGUGGUGAUUAUCACAUCGAUGUGUGCAUAAAUGACUACCUGGAUGUCUACUGUCCUCAUUAUGAGGACUCUGUGCCUGAGGAGCGGGCAGAGCGCUAUGUCCUCUACAUGGUCAAUUACGACGGCUACAGCACAUGUGACCACACCGCCAAGGGCUUCAAACGCUGGGAGUGCAACAGACCACACUCCCCGAACGGGCCGCUAAAGUUUUCAGAAAAGUUUCAGCUCUUCACUCCCUUUUCUUUGGGCUUUGAGUUCCGACCGGGCAGAGAAUAUUACUACAUCUCCUCCACCGUGGCCCCAAACGGGAGGAAAACAUGCCUGAAGCUAAAGGUUUUCGUCCGACCAUCAAACAGCUGUGUGAAAACUAUAAGCACACAUGACCGUGUUUUUGAUGUAGAUGAGAGAGUAGACAGUACGUUACCAAGAGAUGAAACUAGUCAUGAAACGGCUGCCCCUUCGCGAAGUGAAACGAACGCCGCGCAACGUCUGCAGAAGACACGUUUUCUGCUUGCUUCGCUGCUGGCCACCCUAGUGGGACUCUUCACUUUAUAGCGCCUCCCUCUGUGCUGGAGUUCAUUUACACCUAGCGUGGCCUGACUCUACCCAAGGCUGCAGGGUAGUGGGUGGGAUUUUGGUGGAUUGCAUUUUUUUAAUUGGGCAUACAAAGCAGGCUUCUCCAGAAAAAAAUAUAUCCUUUAUUUUUUUUCAGAAGAAAAAGUGGUCUUUCUCCUGUCAGUUAAAAAAGUUGAUGUUAGAAGUGGGAGAAAGAGUUCCCCCUCUGAAACUUUCAACUAAGAUGCCAAAUCCCAUUUUUUUGACACUUAGUGAUUCUUAUUUUCCCAUUACAUUUAACAUCACUCUACAUCAUAUUUAUAUCAUUGCAGAACUGAUGUUUACCUAUGAAAAAUAAUUACAUAUAGUUUAUAGUUCAUACACACAGACUGCAUCACACACCAUUACAACAUUGCAAAAGCACAUACAAAAACAUCACCCAAUAGCCGUAGAGUUACUUCAGUGUUAGACAAUUGUCGUAUACGCAGUGGAACAUUGUAGAUUCUAGGUCUUAGAAAUGAUUGUACAUACAACAAACAGAAGUAAAAAAUUUCCCCGAGACCUCUCAAGAAACCUUCUAGAAAUUAGCUUCAGCAGAGUUUUUUUAUUGGAAACUCUGGCUUAACCCAGAGAUAGACGUAGAUCACUAGAAUUUCAGUGUUUAACGUAGGCAGAAUUUUGAAAUAUGUAAAAUAUCUGACAUGCAUCUCAACAAACUGAUCUACAAUCUCUUGAUUUUAAAGAUGGUGGUCUGUUUCUCCUGACCACGAUGAGUUGUUGAUUGUUCUGGAUGAAGGACUGACUGAAAAUCCUUUUCAAAUCAGCAGGCGACUCCCUCUUUGUGGCAAACCCAAUAAAAUGGCCAAUAAACCAUUUCUGAAAGGGUUCUAUUCACUCAGAUUUACAAAGCCAAAACUAAAUUGAAACUUUCUCUCCAGACUCUUCGUUAACUGCUGUUAAAAUCGAGAAUCAAUACCUUUUGAAACUUGAUAACACAAUUUCACGGCAGCAGUCACAGCCAUUUGUGCAAUGUUUACUGAGCUGGGCCGCAAUUGUUUUCUCUGUUCCAGUUGAGCAUUAGUCAAUAUUGACACUCCCAUAAACAUUUGCAUCCAAAGCUAUUUAUUCCCUGGCUAUUGAUUGUUAAAAACGGUUCACAGCUUAAACUGGGUGGUGUUUUUUUUUUUUUUUUUUGUUAAACAAUCAAGUUAUUUGACUCAUCAAACAUUCUUUUUAACUAUGCAGACAGUUUUGUUUUUAGAUCAGAUUAAACAAUGGCAGAUGUUUGAAGGGUGCUUAAAAAGAUUUCUCACCUCACAGUGCCACACUUUGUUAUUUGUAUUCUUUAACAUAAUCAUAGCUCAGUUAAAUACCUGUUAGAAGCUUAUCACUUUUAGAUUUUUGCAGCAGUUGGUGAAGCAUUAUCAGGAUUUAUACAUUACUCCAGUUAGUGGAGAUCGCUUGGUGUAAACAGAAAAAAAAAACAUCCACUGCUUUCAAGGCAGGUUGGUGCAGUCUGUUUAUGUUUGCGCUUAAAUUUAAAGUAAUUCAUUGAUCCUGCGAUAAUCAGCUUCCUUUCACAAAAAGACAGAGUUUGCAUAAUGAGGUUUUUUUUAAAGAAACAUUUUUCACUUCCUUGAAAAAGUUACGAACUUAUCCCUAAAGAGGUAGGUCAGGAUUUUUUAAAUUAUGGGUUCUGGUAAAAGAUUAUAAUCAGAUAAUAUCUUUCAUACAGUAGAGAACUCUUUGGGUGUCUACAUUGUGUAUAAAUCGAGAUCAAUUGGACCCAGGGACUGAAGCUAAUGGCUAGUCAGAAAGGGUUUUUUCACCAAAGUGGUUCAAGGGUUUAACAAUGCUGAUGCUACUGCCAGUUCCUAACUGGUUUUUAACUGGUUCAGUUUUCCACAAGCAAUGACUCAGAGCUACACCAUUUCACCAAUAUAAUUGUCUAAUCCAGGAAAUGUCCACGCCUUUUUGUGAAGGAUCACAACACAGAGAACCAGUUUACCUACACAAUAUGUAUCUAAUUAUUCCUGCAAAUAGGUGCCUUAAUAUCACCAUCUUAAUUUAUUAAUGCUGUUUUAAACAACAGAAACAAGCAGUGUCUGAAACAGGGAGUUUGUAUCUUUCUACUGCUAUUCCAACGUUUUGGUAAUGUUGAAGUGCCGUGUUUUAUCUUAAAUUAGACAGAUUGGAAAUUAAACUAACUGCAAAGUUUGAAACAUUUUUGCAACAUUUUGAUUGGUUAUGAGCUUCUAUAGGCCCACCCUCAGCUCUAGAUGAAAACAGUUCUAACCUGUUGUCCAGCUCAAAGUGGAUAAGCAAGUUUAUCUGUGCCAGAGGAAGAGCAUGCAGCAGUGGGCGCAGAGAUAAAUGGUGAUGAAGGUGCACUGCUAUCCAAUAAACCGGUUCGGUGUAAAAACCCUAAGAGGGGCCAUAACCAAAUUGGAUUUAUUAAAAAAAUAGCACCAAACGCGUCACAGCGGUUUAUGUGUACAAUGUUUUAUGAGCCUGUCAUGUUUACAUUGGACAAUAAUUUACAAAGAAGCUGAUUAUUAUUCAUAAUUCAAUUCAAUUCAGUUUAUUUAUAUAGCGCCAAUUCACAACACAUGUUGUCUCAAGGCACUUCACAAAAGUCAGGUACAUACAUUCUAAUUAAUCCUAAUCAUUGAACAGUGCAGUCAGAUUCAGUUAUUUAUACAAAUUGGAUAAAACGUUUUUCUGUCUAAGGAAACCCAGUAGAUUGCAUCCAGUCAGUGACUUGCAGCAUUCACUCCUCUCGAGAAAUAAGAGAAAUAGACGCAAUAGACGAUCCCCUUCCUGUGUGAAACACAUUUAGAACAUAUAAACAUUUUCCAGGCGGAGUUACUACCUGAUAGGAAGGUAAUGCAUUGUAAAAACCUAUAAAAAUAGCAUCAACUAAAACUGCUAUAAUAUUUUGACUUUUUACACCACUGUACUUUUAUAUUAGACAGUUACUAUGACCGGAAAUACUUAUUUCAUUAAUAAUCAUUGUCUUCUGUUUGCAUAUCUGCCUAGUGCAAAGGUUACAGUGGUUUAAACUGCUGUGAUGUUUUUGAGGCUAAAGUUUUUUUAAUUUUAUAUUUUAGAAGCGCACUUUGGUCUUGGCCCUUCUUGGACGAGCCAUUAGUCAUCCUCUGGAUUGAGCUAAUGUGGAUUUAUGCUAAAUAAAGACAUGAUCAGCACUUAUAACUUUUUAACAAAACUACACAUCCUGAACUUGAACUAUGCCGUUACCUCUACUGAAUCUAACGUCAUUUUAGAGUAGCAAGCUGGAGGCGAAUUAGUAUACGGCUUGGAGUGACUGGAAGAAUGGAAGAAAUAGAGCAAAUCAGGGGUACAGGAGCAAUUGUGUGCCCAGCUUCUGCCCCUACUGUUACUGGUUUAAGUGACUCCUUAACGAAGUUCAAAAUGAUAGGCACACGGACCCCAUGUUGAAGCAAGGGGAGUUAUUUCUGGUAUUAAAAAUAGAUGGUGGGAGGCUUGGCAGGGGGGUCUCGGGAGUGUAGAUUUUCACUGUGGGGGAUUUUAAAGCACCAACGACCUUGUAGUUUGAGAGAGCCAGUAAGUGAAGGAGAUGGAAAAGAAUUAAAUGGAGAGAUGCUCACACACAUAAAUACACACAGGUUUAGACAUAAAAGAUAGCUGACAGAAUUGUGAUUAGUGCCUAACAAAACAGUUUUGAACAAAAACAGCUAAAAUCAAUUCAACACUACAGGACAACAAAACCUGUUGAAUUCAAUGAAAAACAUACUGUCUAGCACCAUUCAGCCUCAGAGGCACGCACUGUUUUGGGUUUGCUUUUUAAAAUUUUUGUUUUGUCUGUCUUUUUUCUCCACUUUUUAAUAUAUUUUUUCAUUUCAUUUCAUUUCUGAAAAACAACCUUUGCCUUCAACCAUUUGUUUCUUUAUAUACUGCAGUAACAACGCUAUUACAGCAGAAUAGCAGCUCAGCUACGAGAGGUAAUAUGAGACGAGGCCAUUUAAUGAGGUACUAAUUUUCAGAAUAUCACCACAGUAAUAUGAGCACUGCGUAAGAUUCAACAUGGACGCUUGUCAGCAGACUAUAAUCAAAAAACAGCUUCAAUUGUAAUCUCUUGUGAUUAUCAACACUAAUUGUCUUUUUUUCUAUCAUUAUCAUGAUUUAUUCUGCACACAACCUUAACCUGGGAAAAGAGAAUCAACUUAUAUACUGGAUACUGUGUAUCCUGAGGUAGACAACCAUACAACAUGUAGUGGUAGGUUAGUAUCUGUUUUGUACCUUUCUGGAGGACAAAUGAAGAAAAAAAAAGCGAUAAUCCAUUGUUAAAACUGUAUAAUUAUUAUUAUUGUUAUGAUGAUAAUGAUUAUUAUAAUUAUUAUUAUUAGGAAAACUUCUCGAUGUAUAUAGUGUUUGAUAUUAAAGUAUUAAUUUGGUUCUUAUGUCUUUUCUAAAAACAAGCAGAUACCGUAUUAUCUCUGGGUUUUGCGGAGUGUGUACUGUUCUCAAACAAUGCAUUGUGUGUGCUUUAAUCCUCAAUGCCUAAAGAGACUCUUGAGUUCAAACAAAAGGGGUAAACCUGUGGGAGCUGCACACAACAGUGUGCAGUAUAGGCUGGAACAUUAGCUAACAAGAGCCUGACCUAUUACAUGUUUUAAAUCAGCCAUCAUCUCUUCAUGGAAGGAUCCUGCCUAAGAAAAGAAGCAUUUGGGACUUGAUAGAUGGCCUAUUUGUACUUUUUUUUUUGUCUUCAGGGUUUGAAAGCAUUUUUUGAGUGGAUUGUUGGCUUUUCAGUGGAAGAAUAUCACCUGUUUCAUUAUGUGGCAUGCGCAUGAACUUGAUAACAUGUAUAAAAAAAUCAAAGGUUUUUAAUAUUUUUUUUUUUUUUUGGCUGUUUUUUUUUUUUUCAUUCUGAUGUAUUAGAUUUAUUGAUCACUUUCAUGUUGUGUGUUUUUGCAUCCCCCAUUCAAGUGCUGUCAGACUGUGUACUCACACAUGACAAAUGUACAUACCACAAGCCAUUGUUGGGAGAUUUAGAGGUGGGAUUUAGGGGAUUGGGGCUUCAUUUUGUAGUUCAAAAGCAACUUUUACUUUUAUUUUUCUAAAACUGACAUUCUGUGAAGGCAUCCAUGGUGUUCAUCUUCAACAUUUUCAUUUUUCCCUUUACUCCCAGUAGGAAGAGUUUGUGAUUGGAUACAUCGGUGUAGACAUUUUCAGUGUGAGACUUUAAGUUUGAACUUUUGUGUGUCUCCUUUUCUGUCGCUGAAGGAAAAGCAAAGCAGUGACUCUGUUUGGCAGCGAAUACCGUUCCCAUGCCUUAGCCCCUCAGCCUCUAACCCAUCUGUUUUCAAGACACUCUUUGCCAUUGUGCUUGUAUACAGAGCAGCUGCUGGCUUCAUGGAGAGUACAUAGGGCCCUUCAGUUUUCUCUCUCUUUUUAACAACCUCUAAAUCACUUUUUCUUACUGUAGAUGAUGGUUGUAGGCACAGUUCAAGGAUUAGAGCACCCCACCUACCAAAUCCUGAACUGGAUUGUUGGAGGGGUGAAGUCUAUCAUUGAUCCUUGCUCUGUGCGCAGGGUAAAGCUUCUCAGCUCUCCUCUUGCUGAUGACAACACUUGUUCGUUUUAUGUCCUGCCUCUGUUCUUCUUGUGCUCGUAUAACCCCCAGCUGCUGUCCUUCCUCCCUCACCUUUCAACCUCACUCCUGCUUUUCCGUCAGUGGGGAAUAUUUCCAAACUGCUCUUUUACAGUAUAUAAAAUGAUAAGAAAAUUUGACAGGAAAAUGAUCUGUAUUUGUAUAUACAUGUGUCUGAGCAACUAUGAGUACUACAAUAAAACAUUGCUUUGAUGAUUGUAA